UAACUUUGACUGAAAGUGAAGAGAGAAGAAUCAACAAGAAGAACAGGCUUUGCAGCUUUCGGCGCUGUUUGUUUUGUUUUUCUUUCUUUCCAGGUUUAGCCAACACUUCGAUACCCAUUUCGCUUCCUCAUAACUAUUCAUACAUUUUAUACACACCAAAAAACCACAUUCAUUGUUUCCAAUUCCAGUUUUUUUUUUUUUUGGGUUUUAUUUAAUACACACCAUUAUCCCACGUUAAACACACAUACAAAGCAGAGCAAUUCCUCUUUAGGCUUCUUCAUAUUCGGCGAUUCAGCUCAAUCUACUGCUCUAUCACUUGCCCAGAAAGGCCAUUUCGUUUCUUUUCAGGUCCAUUUGGUAUGAACUUUACAGAAGGGAAUUGAAGAUACAUUUAACACGUUGUGGAGCUGACUUGUGCAUCUUCUAUGCUAUCUAUUGUAAUAGAAAAUAUGGGUUUACUCUGCAGCAGAAACAAGCAUUACAACGAAGCGGACAACGAAGAGAAUGCCCAGACUGCAGAAAUUGAAAGGCGAAUUGAACAAGAAACGAAGGCUGAAAAGCAUAUCCAGAAACUUCUUCUACUUGGUGCUGGUGAGUCGGGGAAAUCCACAAUUUUUAAGCAGAUAAAGCUUCUGUUUCAAACUGGAUUUGAUGAGGCAGAGCUCAAGAGCUACAUCUCAGUCAUCCAUGCCAAUGUGUAUCAGACCAUAAAAAUAUUGUAUGACGGGUCAAAGGAACUUGCUCAGAAUAACAGAGAAACGUAUGAGAUAUCCAGUGAAAAUAAGGAAAUUGGAGAGAAACUAUCAAAAAUUGGUAGCAGAUUGGAUUAUCCACGUCUCACAAAAGAGCUUGCACAGGAUAUAGAAACUCUUUGGAAAGAUGCUGCAAUUCAGGAAACAUAUGCCCGUGGUAAUGAACUCCAAGUUCCUGAUUGUGCCAACUAUUUCAUGGAAAAUCUUCAAAGAUUAGCUGACGCAAAUUACAUUCCAACCAAGGAGGAUGUUCUUUAUGCCAGAGUUCGUACUACUGGUGUUGUAGAGAUCCAGUUCAGCCCUGUUGGAGAAAAUAAGAAAAGUGGUGAAGUAUAUAGACUCUUCGAUGUUGGAGGCCAGAGAAAUGAGAGGAGGAAAUGGAUCCAUCUAUUUGAAGGUGUUACAGCUGUAAUAUUUUGUGCUGCUGUUAGCGAGUAUGAUCAAACACUCUUUGAGGAUGAAAGUAAGAAUAGGAUGAUGGAGACAAAGGAGCUUUUUGACUGGGUCCUGAAGCAACCAUGUUUCGAGAAAACCUCCUUCAUGCUGUUUUUAAACAAGUUCGAUAUAUUCGAGAAGAAGGUUCUAAACGUUCCACUUAACGUGUGUGAGUGGUUCAAAGAUUACCAGCCAGUUUCAACGGGAAAGCAAGAGAUUGAACAUGCAUAUGAGUUUGUGAAGAAAAAAUUUGAGGAAUUGUACUUUCAGAGCACGACCCCGGAUCGUGUGGACCGGGUGUUUAAGAUCUAUAGAACCACUGCCCUUGAUCAAAAGCUUGUGAAGAAGACUUUCAAGCUUGUGGACGAGACGUUGAGACGGAGAAAUCUGUUCGAGGCCGGUUUAUUGUGACCAGGGACCAGUUUUCAGGGCCAACAAAAGAUUGUAUUUUGAAGAAUAUCACAUUUUGAGCUCUCAGAUUCCUUGAUUUUUAGCAUUUAAUUUCAAUUAAAUCCUGUUCCACUUGUGAGUGUCAAGACAGGCUUAUUUGU